CCGACUACCUGAGUUGGAAUGAAGAUUAAAUUAAAAUAGUUCAACGAGAGACUUGGAUUGUUGCAGUUGGAAAAAUGUUAGUGCUCCAGUUCGUAUUUAUGCUAAUCCUGGCCAGCAGCAGAGGAGAUGUGGAGAACGAAGUCGAGCUGGAUGAUGAUCAUCCUUCACGACCAGAGCCGAUCGAUGGACGAUCUUUUUUCUUUCUGGGGACUUUGUUCCGCCGUUGGAGAAAUCGAUGGAUGGCCUAUCAAAAUCCGGAUCCGAUGUUUGCCGGUCCUGCUUAUCCCAUAACGGGAUACUAUAAUUGCCCAGCGUAUGGUUGCAAUCCAGCUGUUAUUGGUCCUCAGCCUGGUUAUUAUGCCAACCCCGUAGGAUUCUAUACCAUGCCACUGAAUCAACAGCAAGCUCAGGGAAACAGCAACGUCUACAUCUACCAGAGUGAUCAGAACUCCGCCUCAGCAGGGAGUCCCCUAGGAUAUGGAUAUCUUAAUGGUGUAUCGCCACUUGGACCCGCAUCGCCACUGCCUCCGCCUUCGAGAAUUCCGCCGCCCUCCGGAAUUCCUCCGCUUUCUACUGCAUCUGCUAGUGCCGGCGGCUAUUCUGGACCAGAGACAGGACCUGGACAACGGCCAGGACUUUUUCCAAUUCCCUUACCGCAACUGGGAUGAACGGGAAAAACAAGAAGCCGGAGGAAGCGCUCGCCUAAGUAAACAGCGCAGACAAAGUAAAAGAAAACAACACAAUUUUAAUUGAAAAGUGUUCGAAAAAAAAUUAAGAAAAAAUAGACACAAUUAAAGUGCUCGCUUACCAUUAAAGUGGUAGCAUCUAAAUGUUUUAAUAAUGUUACCAAUUUAUAUACAUUAGUGAUUUAAAAAGCUACACUUUAAA